CGAAUGUAAAUUCCAUGUUUACAGUUGGAUCCAAAAUGGCGGCUGUCAUGACCAGAUUUUCUCAGGCUGUCACCUCUACUGUCGUCCGAUCGUUGUGUCACGACCAUGUACUGCUCCGGUCCGGAACAAAUUAUCUCCCAGCCUUUUUCCAGCACAGGACUGUCUAUGAGUACACAUUAGACAAACCAGAAGGCGCCAAGGAAUUUGUAUACACGCUGCGGAAGAUGGAACGACAGACGCUGCUUCUUGAGUUACAGAAGUUUGAAUCACAGGAGGGCCAAGGGAAUCCAUCAAUUAGACCAACAUCCAGACAAUUAUGGCUCGUUGCCACACACAAUAUCUUGCCAUUCAUAGGCUUUGGCUUUCUGGACAAUGCUGUUAUGUUAGUUGCAGGUGAUUACAUAGAUGUGACGAUAGGAACUGCUCUAGGCAUCUCAACAUUAGCAGCUGCUGGAUUGGGCAACUUGUUAUCAGACCUAUUUGGGCUGGGAGCAGCAAGUUAUGUUGAGGUGCUGGCGUUGAAAGUGGGGCUCCCAUCACCGGAGCUGACUCCUCAGCAACUGGACAUGUCUUCUUCAAAAUGGGCAGCAAAUCUGGGUCGUGUUUUUGGUGUGACAGUAGGCUGCCUCCUGGGCAUGCUGCCGCUCUACUUUCUCCCAAGACGAGAGAAGGAUCAUGACAACAAGGAAGCUUCAUCGAAAACAGAAUAAGUUCAGCUGAGGACAAGAUCAAAAAUUAAUUAGCUACCUGAAUUACUUAACAUUUUUUUAGGAAUAACAGAUGCUGGUGCAAACCAGGUGUAGUGAGGGUCCAAACAAAAGAGUGCCAUGCACUGGUGCACUGUACCUGUAAGGAGACAGCCAUAGGGUAUGUAAUAGUCUUGUUGUUAACUGGAGUUUUUAUAGAACAGAAACAUUGGGAUUGAUGACUUUCUUACAGACUAGCUUUGGGGAUGCUGUGGAACAGAUCUGCCCAGUGUAGCAGGAAUUAGUGUUUUGUUGGGCAGCUAUCUUUACAAACACGUAACUGACAGCGUAUAGUUGCUGCAGACUGAUGUGUGUGAUUUAUAAGUUGUAAUAAUUUGUUUUUAUGUUUAUUUAUUUUGUCACUUCUUUGUCUUGUCCAUCUCUUAACCUUUUGCAUCCUGUAGGCAGCAUUUAGUCAACCUCUGUAGAUUAUGAAUGCAGUUUGCAGAUAAAAGCUCUGCUCUUUAGCAUGUAGAAUCAAUGUCAUUCUAGUGCUCAAGUUGGAAAAAAUAGGGUAUCCAGGAACCUAGUGAACACUUAGAAAUGGCUACCAUUGGUCUACCAUUAUGAAGAUCAAAACCACCCAGAUUUGUUGCCAAAGAUGAAGACAAUGGGAUGACAUUGGAGACCAGAAAAAAAAAGAUUUGAGAUACUGCUUUUUGUGUUGCAGCAUAUGAAAUGUUUUACAAAAGAAAUAGAAUUCAUGUUUUUUACAUUUUAAAAAGAGAACAUUUUAUCCAGUAGGUAUUUUAGGUGUUCUUUGCUUCCAUCAUUUGUGUACAUUAGAAGUAUGUUUUCUAGACAUGCAUGAAAAUACAAGGACAUUUUAUUUCUCUAAACAAUUGGUCACUAUGAGGGAUAGUAACAGGAAAGUAGAGGUAGAUUGGAUUGAUUUUUUAAUCUUGAAUUUUAAGAAAUUGGAAGAAGGGUUUCCAAAGUUAGGACAGAUAUUUUCUAGGAAAGAUGUGCAUGAAGCUGUUCUAAAAAUCUCAGAAUUGUGAACAAGAAUUUUUAGUACGUACCCUGUUUCUGUACUUUGUAAUAUUACAUAGAAGAGAUCUAAACGUCUGGUGAUAUCACAGUGUAAGUAUAACACUGUAUAUUCAACGUUAUGUUUGACAUUAUUUUCCUGGGAACAGUGCAACAUAGUCUUUUACCCACCUCUUCCAUUAUGACAUUAAUAUCUUGUGCAAUAGUCAACGGAGUGUGAAUGUUUCUAUUCUCAUUGCUGUUGGAAUGUCACCUAAGGCUACAAAUGGAGGGGUAACAAGGCACAGAUACAGAUGUUGUUGUCACAGACUGAUUACAUCUGCUUGAUUUAA